UAUUUCAAAAAGCAAAGCAGAAAGAAAGAUCCAAGCCCUCACAGAAGGGAGCUGUCUGCAGGACAAUUAGUAUUCCUAUAUACAUCUAAAAUUCCCUGGCAGGCUUGCUUUGUGCUGGAUCCAAAGCUGGGACUAAUGGACAAACAAAAUCUGUUGGGCGUUAAUGCAGUGAGCCCUACUAUCUUAUCUGCAGGUUGUUCGUAUGUGUAAAUAAAACCAUAUUUCCUAAAGGCACUCCAGUCUCUGUUGACUAAACUCUGGAUAAGCACCUGGAAACCCUAGAAUCUCUCACCGCUCAGAGAAUGGGGUGGCGAAUGCAAUUUUUCAGCUUUAACUCUCUAAUGCUGGCAGAAGUAGAUGUAUGCAGGAAUUUCAGAUUUUAAUCCAUUGGUCUUCUCUCUCUCUUUUUAUUAUCUCCCAGUCAUUUCCCCGCAUGUGUUUUAAACCUCCUGCCAGUCCUGUGCCCUACUUUUUAGAAACGGUACCUUUUAUUGUGCUUUCUGUUUCAAGGAUCGUUGCUUCAAGCUACGGUCUUACGAAAAUGUGUGCUUGGGCCCCAGGGCACCCACCCAACAUUUUUCUCUUCCAGCUGAGUUUGCCACAAAUUGGGGUUGUUUUCCAUUCCAAAAACCCUUUAGUCUAUAAGGAUUUCUGCUGUAUUUAUGAACUAGGCUGCAUAGAUUGCCAUGCCUAAUACAUUCAGUACGCUGUGAUUUCCUGCAGAGUCUCCUUUCAGCCCAAAACUUCCAGUGCGUGUUUGUUUACCCAGAGAUUUCUGCCGUGAGUCAUAAUUACGAAACGUAGCAUCAACUCCCUUAACAAAUCCCUGAACAAAAGCUGGUCUCCGUAGCAGUAAGUAUAAAUAGGCAGGGACCAGCAAGGGCAAACAGUGCCAGCUCAAGUUUAAGUGCAGAGAAAAUAGACGGAUAGCAAGAGGAGAGGGUCUGCAUCCAAGCCGGUGAUGUCUGGGGCCCAUUUCCACAGCGUCCUGGUCACAGGAGCCAAUCGGGGUAUCGGGCUGGAAAUGGUGAAGCAGCUCCUGGGACUACGAGAACCACCAAAAUGGGUCUUCGCCACAUGCAGGGAUCCACAUGGAGGAAAAAGCCAGGAACUGAGAUCGCUGGCUUCUAAACAUCCCUGCCUCGUGAUUCUGCAGCUGGAGUCCACAGAUGAGGCUAGCAUCAAGGCUGCUGCGAAGGAAGUUGAGGUCCACCUGGCCGGAAGUGGACUAAAUCUGCUGAUCAACAACGCGGGUGUCAUGCCCCCGAGCACCCUGGAGUCAGUGGACAAAGAAGAUAUGCUGAGUGUCUACCGUAUCAAUCUCAUUGGCCCAAUGCUGGUGACACAGGCAUUUCUGCCCAUGCUGAAGACGGCUGCUAAGAGGAGCAACAGGAAGGGGCUGAACUGCAGCAGGGCCGCCAUCAUCAACGUCUCCACCAUCGGCAGCUCAAUCGGGAGACCCCCUUCUAUGGCCACGUUCCCCGUCAUUUCUUACCGCUGCAGCAAGACGGCGCUGAACAUGCUCACGCGGUGCCAGUCACUGGAGUACAAGGAUGACGGGAUCCUUUGCGUUGCACUUCACCCAGGAUGGGUGAAGACGGAAAUGGGAACAGAGAAGGCGGAACUGACGGUGCAAGAGAGUGUGCAGGGGAUCAUCCAAGUGCUUUCCAGCAUCAACGAAGAGAAAAAUAGCCGACUGGUGGAUUGGGAGGGGAGGAUUGUGCCCUGGUGAAGCCAGCAGCCAAAGAGGGAUCUCUCCCGAUGGAUGUGUCCGUGUGUCCUAACCCAGGUCAGCUACAAGUGAUGUGGUUGCAUCUAGCUGCCAUGACAGCACUUACAAGAAAUAAAUCGCAUGGCUUUCAUAA